CGGGCGGCCGGAGCGCCCCCGGGGAUGCGUCCUGAGGCCGCGGCCUGAGAUUUAGCCCACGCUGGGGAUGUGACGGGGACAGAGGGAGCCCCCCCAGCAGCAUGGAGACUGUGGUGAUUGUUGCGAUAGGCGUGCUGGCCACCAUCUUCCUGGCCUCAUUUGCAGCCUUGGUGAUGGUGUGCAGGCAGCGUUAUUGCCGGCCUCGAGACCUGUUGCAGCACUACGAUUCCAAGCCCAUUGUGGACCUCAUUGGCGCCAUGGAGACCCAGUCGGAGCCGUCUGAGCUAGAACUGGACGAUGUGGUCAUCACCAACCCCCACAUCGAGGCCAUCCUGGAGAACGAAGACUGGAUUGAAGAUGCCUCGGGUCUCAUGUCCCAUUGCAUUGCCAUCUUGAAGAUUUGUCACACUCUGACAGAAAAACUUGUUGCCAUGACAAUGGGCUCCGGGGCCAAGAUGAAGACCUCAGCCAGUGUCAGUGACAUCAUCGUGGUGGCCAAGCGGAUCAGCCCCAGAGUGGACGAUGUGGUGAGAUCGAUGUACCCUCCGUUGGACCCCAAGCUCCUGGAUGCCCGGACAACUGCCCUGCUCCUGUCGGUCAGUCAUCUGGUGCUGGUGACCAGGAAUGCCUGCCACCUGACCGGGGGCCUGGAUUGGAUUGACCAGUCACUGUCAGCUGCUGAGGAACACUUGGAAGUCCUUCGAGAAGCAGCCUUGGCUUCUGAGACAGACAAAGGCCUUCCAGGCCCUGAAGGUUUCCUGCAGGAGCAGUCGGCCAUUUAGUGCGU